GAAAUCUCUGGGCCGGAUGAGUCCUCAGAGUCAUCUCAAGUUGAAAUAAGCAAGUUGGGCUCAUCAGCCGGUCUUUAAACAUGAGUUCCCUCAGGGAGGGGGAAACUUUGGACAAAGCCGCUUGCCCCCACCAGCGGUAACUCUGGGGGAGGGUCUCAACCAUGAGCCAGUACUCGGGCAGCGGGGUCCCACGCAGUGACCUGGUGGCACCACCGCGUAAGACAUCAUAUCCAGGAAAUUAACAAAUGAGUCUUCAAAAAUGCUAGGUUUACAAUGAGAGGCAUUUUAAUUCAAACUUUACUGUAUGGAACCUUGACAUUUGGGAUCUGGACAGCUCUGUUGUAUGUAUUUAUUAACCACAAUCAUGUGAGCAACUUGGACAAGAAAACCCAGGAGCCUGCCUCAAUUUGGUCCCUUGAACAAAAAUUUCAUCGGCAAGUUACUCAUGGCUCAGAGGAAAUUCCAAGACCAUAUGUGAGAUUUGAAAGUCCUGAUGAAGAAGAAACGAAACCACAGAAAUCCUUUUUCAAAUUGAGUAAGAAUUUUAACUAUUCAAGCUCAGAAUUUGUUGAUGGAUUUUUAAAAUAUGGAUUUAACACCAUUCUCAGUAAAAGCUUGGGCAGUGAGAGAGAAGUGCCAGAUACCAGAAAUAAAAAGUGUUUUCAAAAACAUUACCCAGCCAACCUACCUACUGCCAGCAUUGUCAUCUGCUUCCACAACGAGGAGUUUAACGCCUUGUUUCGGACCAUGUUCAGUGUCGUAAACCUCACCCCACGCCACUUCCUUGAAGAAAUUAUUCUGGUAGACGACAUGAGCGACUCUGAUGAUUUGAAAGAAAAACUAGACCACCACCUGGAAAUUUUUCGGGGAAAGAUUAAAUUAAUAAGAAACAAAAAGAGAGAGGGACUGAUCCGAUCACGGAUGAUAGGGGCCUCUCGUGCUUCAGGGGACGUUCUGGUAUGGCUGGAGCCCCUGCUGCAUGCCAUUGCCAAGGACCCCAAAAUGGUGGUGUGUCCUCUGCUAGAUGUCAUUGAUUCUGUGACCCUAGAAUAUUGGCCCUCUCCUGUUGUAAGGGGUGCUUUCAACUGGCACCUACAAUUUAAAUGGGAUAAUGUCUUCUCUUAUGAGAUGGAUGGACCAGAAGGACCCACUCUACCCAUUCGGUCACCUGCAAUGGCUGGGGGAAUUUUUGCUAUAAAUAGGCAUUACUUUCAUGAGAUCGGACAGUAUGACAAGGGCAUGAACCUCUGGGGAGCAGAAAAUUUGGAGCUUUCGUUAAGGAUCUGGAUGUGUGGAGGCCAACUCUUUGUACUCCCCUGCUCGCGGGUAGGACACAUGAGUAAGCAGCGCUUUCCAAACCAACCUGAGUUUGCAGAAGCCAUGACAUAUAACAGUCUCAGACUGGCGCACGUUUGGCUGGAUGAAUACAAGGAGCAGUUUUUUUUACGAAGACCUGGCCUGAAAUCUGUUGCCUAUGGAAACAUUAGCGAGCGUGUUGAAUUAAGGAAACGAUUGGGUUGCAGAUCAUUUCAGUGGUAUUUGGAUAAUGUCUUCCCAGAACUGGAGGCAUCUGAGGGCAGCAGAUGAAACACAAAUAAAUCAUUUUCAUUAAAAAGGGGUUAAAAAACCCCUAUGUCUUCAACAUAGAGGAGAAAAGUCUGGAACAUCAAGAAAUGGUGUGAAAUGCAGUAAGAAAUACAACCAGAGUGCUCUAGA